AUGGCGAAGCAGCUGCGGCCCGUCUAUGAGGGGCAGUUCACCGAGAGGUUUCCUGAGCUGUCGCCCGUGAGUGCCUUCGCCGAAGGGCUCCGGCUUCUCUGCUCCUUCCGGGAGCCGCGGGCCCGCCACGAGCUGAGGGAAGAGGGGCCAGACUGGCGCAUCUCCUGCAGUCCCACCCGUCUCCUCCCAAACGCGCUUGUGGCAUCUUUUUUACCCGCCCCCACGCCCCCUCGGGGAUCAUUAGACAUCAAUCUCACGCAAUCUCCUCAUACCCCAAUUUGGCUAGCUGGAAAGUUGCUUCCCAUAGGUGACAGAGCAGCCGGUUGCCUCACCGAGGUUUUACCCAGGCCCAUUACUCCAACUAUUGUGCAAAAGUUUCGGAAUACAACAAAUCCAGCUCCUGGUGUUAAAAAAAUAUUCUACGGCAGAGCAGAUGAUCCUGACAUUGCAUCUCACUUGACACAUGGCAAAGCAACGAAAAAAAAUGUCCAAGCUACUUCAAUCAUAAGUCCACUUCCUAAAACUAAUUUUCAACAAAUAAUGCAAGACAAGAAAGAAGCAAUCUACUUUAGGAAUAGAACAGCACCCUUGGGCAGAUCACAUGAUCAAUCUUCUAUGUUACCUGAGGGCUUGGAUAUAAUUAAUACUACAUUUGGAACAAAAAUCAUCCAAGGUUCACCAGCUGGAGAGCUUAUAAAUCCACCAAAAACUUUUGAGGAACUGGAUAAUGAAGACAGAGAAGGGCAUGAUCUCUAUAUUGUGUCACACAAUGAUUAUUAUGCAGGGGAACCAAUAAAUAGAAAGUAUGACUCGCGAUACUUCAGCAAGUCUUCUCUUUAUGGAUUACCAACCCCUCACUGUAACCACGGGAGAAAUACAGCCAAAUGCUUCCAUUGGCUUGAUGAUCUGCAAAUGAGAGCAGUAUCAAAACAAAGUGAUGAUUUCAAGGAAAAAAUUCUACCUCAGUUUGGAAAAGUCCUUGAUGCAUAAAUGAAAAGUAGGAAUGUUCCCCCCGUCCGUACAUUUGGAAUGUUGGUGCAUCGAGAUGAAUAUGGAGUUGCUGAUCUGCUUCACUGGUGGGUUCCAUAUGAGUUCCUCCAUGGAAAGGACAAAGAGAAAGCUGUCUUGACUACAGUUCGGCAGAGUUUGAAGAACACUAACUACAAUAAUUUUGACAUCUUACUAGCAGUAUUCAGGCAUUAUGAUAAGAAUAGAGAUGGGAUGAUAGACAAGGACAGUCUACGCAAGUCCUUUUUUCAGCUUAAUUUGAAUCUAGAUGAUGAGCUCUUGGAUUCGUUAUUUGACUGUUGUGAUUUGGAUAAAGAUGGUCUGAUUAAUUACCUGGAGUUUGCAAACUUUCUGAACUGGAAAGACAAAAUGGCUGUUAAAGAGUUUGAAGAAAAAAUAAUAAUAAAAGGGAAAAAAAUAGAUGUUGCUGCUCCGCCUGAAAGCACAAAGAUAAAUGAGGAGCCACUGCUGAAGCAGGAAGAUCUUGUGUUAAAAGAACCAGAAAGUUCAGAAAAGACACCAAAAACGCUUACAAGACCAGAAAAUCAUAUCUUUGCAAAUUAUCAAACAAGUUCUUCUCAGUAUAAUUCUGUAGUAGGUGGUCUCCCAACAACCUGUUAUCGAGUAUGUGGUGUUCCAACUGUUCGUUCGGAUAUUCCUGCUCCUCAAAUUCGCCGCAUCAAUGACGGAACUAAUUAUGGUGAUGAGGCCAAUGCUUAUGCAUUAUUAUUCCCUUCUAUCUUCAGUCAAAAGGGAGUGUAUGAAAGAGACCUUUUUAAAACAAGACCAAAGGGAGAGAUUGCACAAAUCCUCCGCAACACUGGCAUGAACAUUUCAGCUGAAAAGUUUGAAGAUAUAUGGAAGCAAGCCUGUGUGAAACAUCAGAAAGAAGAGGCCUGUAUAGAAAGCAUCAGGAGUGUACUGAAUGAAAUACAUGCAUCACACACAAAAACCAGCUGCUAA